AUGGCGCCUCACAGGAUACGGCCGAAAGCCAGAGGGGGCGUUUACCAGGUCAAUGAGGACCCGAAAAAGCUGGACGAUGCGUAUAUACGCAUGUUGGGCCCCGGAGGAGACAAAAUACUGGGAGAAGACGUAAAGUGGUUAGCCGUCACACACAAGAGCUUCGACCACGGAAGAAGAGGAUUCAACGACCGAUUAGCAUACUUGGGACGGAGGAUAGUCGAACUACAAACAACACAGGCGCUCAUAAACUCGCCGCAGGAGAAUCAAUGGCCAAGAGAUCCCACUGGUGUACCAAUCAGCGACGAGUUUGGACGCAAACCAUACCUACAUCCCGCCUUGAAUGGGCUGCAAGGCCUGACCGACGAGGCCGAGAGUCUGGUCUUGAGCAAGACACGGCUAGCACCGAUAGCAGAGCGAUACCGUUUGGACAAGGUCACACGGUGGACACCCAAGAGGGCGGACAACCUCCAAGGCUCUGGUUUUGAAACUGUCCUCAUGACUUCUCUAUACGCCAUCGUCGGAGCGGUCGCUCUCGAGCGUGGCGGCGAGGUGGCCAACAAGGUUGUGCAAGAAAAGAUACUCGCACCGCUUGGCUUCAGCUUCUCGCCCGAAUCAUGA